AUGGACCCAGCAUCGGGAUCUGAUGCGCAAGUGUGGUAUAUGCGCAAGUGCUCUGGAACUGACGCCACUGCCUGUUUGGGCUACGACAGCGCCUGGACGUCUACCACCAGUGCGCUGCUCUCGGGGGACGUGGUGGCGUGGCACAACAAGCAAUCAGGCCGUGUGUAUGACUGUGCACAUGGGGGGUGCACCUAUCAGCCCUACCCGCCGCCGGGCGGACACUGGGGAACACCGUACCGCAUCAUCAAGUUAUCCAGUCGUUCAGCUGUCAGCGAUGGUACUCCGAUUUAUUUAGGUGACGAGGUGUAUUACUACGGUAUGCAAUCCAGUGUUUUCACGUCGUCUCACAUUAUCGGCUGCGGAGAUUCGUAUUGCACUGGUUUGUCGUCGAAUACAAUCAGCGGGAACACGUUCAAGCUGUGUAGCUCCUACGAAUGCGCCGACACAUCCACGGCCAGCCCCACGUCCAGCCCCACGGCCAGCCCAACGGCCAGUCCGACUGCCAGCCCAACGGCCAGCCCCACGGCCAGCCCCACGGCCAGCCCGACUGCCAGCCCAACGGCCAGUCCCACGGCCAGCCCGACGGCCAGUCCCACGGCCAGCCCGACGGCCAGCCCAACAGCCAGCCCCACGGCCAGCCCGACGGCCAGCCCAACGGCAAGCCCGACAGCCAGCCCUACGGCCAGUCCGACUGCCAGCCCUGGAGCUUCUGCCGUUGGCGAUCCCCACCUGCAGAACAUUUAUGGUGAGCGGUUCGAUUUGAUGAAGCCCGGCGUGCAUGUUCUGAUCAACAUCCCUCGUGGUGUGAGCGCUGACGCCGCACUGCUUCGCGUGCAGGCCGACGCGCGACGGCUAGGUGGACAAUGCGCGGAUCUAUACUUUCAAGAACUGAACGUCACCGGGUCUUGGGCGGAGGCACAACAAGUUGGAAGGCAUCACUACAGCGUAUCCACCUGUGACGUCGAGACUCCGGGAUGGGUCACUUUUGGCAAGGUCGGGCUCAAAGUCGUUCAUGGACGCACGGGCAGUGGCCUCGCGUAUUUGAAUAUAUACGUGAAGCAUUUGGAGCGGUCAGGAUUUGCCGUCGGAGGUCUACUUGGCGAAGACGACCACGACGACGUAAUCGCCCCUACAGAGAAAUGUGCCAAGCGUUUGUUCCUGAGUGAUGACGUGGAGACACGCAGCCGGGCCCCUUCAACGUUCUCAGUCGCAACCGCAAGCCUCGCCUGA